UCGAAAUUGCCUGAUUUUUCAUACGUCAUGAGUAGUGUAAUAAACUCCUGAACGAUGGAUAAAUUCUUCAUUCCGAUUUCGGUGCUCGAUUCACCAUCACCUGCUUGAGUAUGGGUGUGAAAUUCCGGUGUCAGUUGUUUGUGGUCAGUUUAUGUUUUGCGAUUAGUUUUGUAGAUAUUAGCGCAACAAAUAUAAAAUGCAUUCCGUUGAAGGACUGUCCAAUGGCCAUGACAUUAGUGAGGACGAAGAAAUACGCACCGGAAACAAUCGAAUUUUUAAAGACCAGUCACUGUGGGAUUCGGGGAUCGGAACCUAUGGUGUUUUGUCCAACUUUUAGGGGCUGCAGUAACAAAUAUGUACAAAAUGGAACAUGUGCGCACGUUCAUAAUUGUAAGCCAAUACAAAGAGCGAUUCGAGAAAUAGACGAACAUGACGUCUGGACUUACUUAGAAGGUAGGCGUUGUUACACGGAUGAUUAUGAAUUCAGAGUGUGCUGUCCUCAAGAAGAUGUUCAAGAUAGAAUAUUCGACGACGACAACUUUAUCUUCGACAAUCCACCACCUUCUCGAACCCUCGAACCACCGAAAGAAACACCGUCAUCACCACCAUCACCUCCGACAACUUCCUCACCACCAAGACGGAAUACACCCAGGACUGACAACAGUAUUUUAAACCUCAGUAGUGGACAAUGUGGUGUGCAUAUCUCAGAAAAUAAUAGAAUUACAGGAGGAAGUUCGACUGAAUUGGGAGAGUUUCCCUGGAUGGCCAUUUUGGUCUAUGUUUCCAAAAGUGGCAUGAAGAAUGGCUGUGGAGGAUCAUUGAUUAAUUCUAAAUAUAUUGUCACUGCUGGUCAUUGUUUGGACAAAGAAGUUCUGAGGCAAUUUCAACUACAAAGGCUCGAUCAUGUAAUUCUGGGAGAAUACGAUACGAAUAACGAAACAGAUUGUAUUUUUGGAGGGUGUUCAGAUCCUCCAAUUCAAUAUUUCAUAGAAUCUUUUAAAGUUCAUCCCAAAUUUAAAAUUCGAAAUCCACAAAAUGACAUAGGAUUAAUACGAUUGUCAACUUCUGUCACCUUUUCAGAUUAUAUUAAACCAAUUUGUUUACCAAACAGAGAUUUCACACUCCAAGGCAAUGAAACAUUUGAUAUCGCUGGUUGGGGACAAACGCUGACCGCUCUAUCUAGUUCCGUGAAACUUAAGGCUAGAAUAAAAUACGCAUCUCCAGAGGAAUGCAAACAACUGAACAAAAAACUUGUGUGGAACAAGAGUCAAGUUUGUGCAGGUGGAACAAACGGCAAAGACACGUGUAAAGGUGACUCGGGUGGACCUUUAAUGUUGGGUCAGAUCUAUGGUUCGGAAUAUAUUUAUCUGCUUGUCGGAAUUACAUCCUUCGGUUUGGGUCCAUGUGGAACUAGACCUUCGGUUUAUACGUAUCUACCACCGUAUGUUGAUUGGAUUCAACAGAACAUUAAAUAAAAGCAACCAUGACAAUAAGAUUAAAUCAAUUUAAUCCAUAAAGUCUGUGGAUAUUUUAGUCAAGUGUAAAUACCAUGUAUUAUAUAUUUUACUUUAAAGUAUUUUAAUGUGUA